AUGCCCCCGACCAGGCGCCGAGCCUCUCAAGCUCGCAACUCGGCUUCGAGCGCGUCCAGCUUGGCCAUCAAUCUGCCCGCGAGGCGACUGCACAUCGCGAAUCACUCGCAACAACAACAACAACAGCAACCAGCUGCUUCGCUACACAACGGGGGCUCAUAUGAAGCUCGAAGUGGUCAAGCGCUUGCUGGGCCUUCGGGCAGCCAGGGACAAGAUGUUGGCGACGUCGAGUCGACCGAGCACGUCUCUCUGAGCUUGUCCAGCGAGGUGCAUCCCACCAGCCUACACGCUUCUUGGCAGACGGACGCCGCUUCGCAGGGCAGAAUGCUUCCGCCACCCGACUUUGCUUUUACCACGCCAGAGAUGAUCUCUGCUAGGGGUGUGGGUGGAAGAGCAAGGGCGUCGGAGGACGCCAUCGGUUCUGCGCAUCCAGCUUAUCCUCCUGCCGCCCGCGCACCUCCUCGGAUGCUGAAUCGCCAUGCUCGACCCCGUACAAGCUCCGCGUCGCAAGCCGGCACGACGCAAGAUUCGAGCUUCGAACUCUCACAUCUCCAAGCCAUGCGACCCCCGGACAUGGACUUCUUCUCUCGACCCGCCGCACCGCCUACCGAAGCAGCGAGCAGGAGCACGCGAGCGCGCUCAGCUCAACCAAGCACGACUCGUCGACGAUCGGGGAUGAUGUCUGAAGAGCCUUCCACCAGCCUUCGAAGCUUGCGAGGAGUCACAGCCAGCCCUGGCAGCGUUGUUCGUCCAGCUGAUUCCUCUCGCGACCUCGACGCGUCUCGAUUGUCGAGCAUGGCACGGGGCCAAGCUACUGCCUCGCUCGCCUCGCCCAACCUAGAGGAGAGUGAGUUAGACAACGAGCCGAGCUUGGCAUCGGACCCGAGACCUUUCAGAGAAGAUCCUGGACGAACGGCUCGAUUACAUUUGGGUCUUGAAGCUGCUUAUCCUCGCUCACGUCGUGUGGUGGGAAAGACACCGGCAGAAGAUAGGGCGUCCAUCUUUGCUCUUCCCCUCGACCCGUACCAUGCCCCAGCAUCACACACGACAAGCAACUCUACUAGGUUUCCUGCACCUCAUCUGCCUCCGGGCGCAUUCAUGGAAGCUCGCAACGAGCUUUUGAGGUCUCAGGUGCCUUGCUACUCGAGAUGUUUGGCAGAUGGUGCUCAGACGAGAGGCGCUUCGCAAAGACAAGCGCCUCCGGGAACAUCUAUUGCUAGUACCCAACAGCUGGACAACUUACUAGACGACGAGACCUUCACAUCUCCGCUCGUCGCGUUCGUAGGGUGCAGCGCGGGGAACGCUCAGCGUGUGGAAGCGUUGGGGAGCAUACUAGCCAAUCGAGCUGCUAGGCUGGACUCGAGACGUCAGCAGCUGGAACGAUUCCUUGCUACCGAGUCAACGAAGGGCAAAGGAAAAACUCCCGAGGACCUCCUGGAGAAGCUCAUCGACUUUGAUGCAGCUCAGCUCGACAGCAAUGCGAAUCAAGAUGCUCGUGAUCGGGAUGCGCUGCGACAGUAUCUGGGAGAGACGCGACGCAUUCGUGACAACUACAUCACGACACUCAAGACUGCUACCAGCACGCUCACCAACGCCGAAGGAGCAGAGGAUGAUUGGCAAAUCUUGUCGCGCAACGAUCCGGCGGCUCGCGCAGUCGAAUCGCUCUUUGGGCCAACGGCAAGCGCGAAUCCAAAUUCGAGCACUCUUCAUUCGACCUUGUCCAAUCCACGUGUGCGGGAGCCAGCUAUGCUAGGAACUGCCGGCAACUCUGCAAGAAACACGGCUCGUCUUUUGAGACAGGAUCUCUCUAGCUAA